AUGCGCCUCGGAUAUUCAUGGCUGGUGCUUGGCCUCUUGUUGCUCCUGCAACAGGAUCUCACUCAGGCAGCCAACAUCCUGGGAAUCUUUCCCUACCGCCAUAUUUCGCCCUAUUUGGUGAUGCAGCCGUUGGUCCGAACUUUGGCGAAAAGAGGCCACAAUGUGACGCUAAUCACACCAGAGGGAAUGCCGAACGAUAUUGAAGGAGUUCGCCAUAUACGCGUUAACAAGCUGAAUAGACGCAUAAGGGAAAUGAUCGAGACUGAACAAGUUCUAGACUUUAUGAUUAACAAAUGGACGGAGACCACGUUGACAGCCAAAGUGUUUUUCAAUGCCUCGCAUGAUAUCUUGACUGAUCCUGGGGUGCAGAGAAUGUUACAUGACGAAAACGAGAGGUUCGACCUAAUCAUGAUGGAGCCGGCAAAUCUGGAUGCUCUCUAUGGCCUGGUGGAAUAUUACAACGCCACCCUGAUGGGAUUGUCCAGUGUGCGCACCAACUGGAAUACCGAAGAAUUGGCCGGCAAUCCUGCGCCAUCCAUCUACGAACCCAUCUCCCCAAUUGGCUAUUCCUUGGACAGCUCAUUGUUGAGUAGGAUUCGCAACUGGAUUCAUAUCACCGAGGAGAAACUGGUGGAUCAACUGAUUAUUCGACCAGCGCAGUUACGCAUUUUCCAGCAAUUCUUCGGCUACUCGGCACAGAAGCUGCAAGAACUACGGGCCAGGUUCUCGGUCAUCCUAAUCAACAACCACUACAGUUUUGGAAAAGUUCGCGCCAAUGUACCCAACAUCAUUGAAGUGGCCGGUCUGCAUCUCAGCGAACCACGGGAACCGUGUGAUAAGGAGUUGCAGAAAUUCAUGGACGAGGCGGAGCACGGAGUGAUAUAUUUCUCAAUGGGAGUGGACAUACUGGUGAAGUUUCUUCCGCUUGAAGUUCAGCAGCCGCUGUUAAAGUCAUUUUCAAAGCUAAAACAGCGGGUGGUUUGGAAGAGCGAACUCAUCAAUAUGCCCAACAAAUCGGAGAAUGUUUAUAUUAUUGAUAAAGCCCCUCAACGUAGCAUUUUAAGCCAUCCCAACCUAAAACUUUUCAUUACAAACGGAGGACUGCUAAGUGUGAUGGAGGCGGUUCACAGCGGAGUUCCGAUGCUGGGAUUGCCGAUGUUUUUUGACCAAUUUGGUAACUUGCGUUGGGGAGAAUUAGCUGGCAUGGCCGAGGUCUUGGACAUCAACUUUCUAAAUGAAGAUACUUUGACCACAACUAUUCAGAAGAUAAUAGAAAACCCUAAAUAUGCCCAGAGGGCCCAGGAAAUGUCGCAGCUCUUCAAGGAUCGACCCAUGAGUCCCUUGGAUACGGCUGUUUGGUGGACAGAGUACGCCUUACGGAAUCGAAAUGCAUCCCGAAUAAGGCUCAAUGUGGAGGAAAUUCCACUGAUACAGUACUAUAGAUUGGACAGUAUCCUCAUCCCUAGCGUUAGAUUUGGAUUAGUCGCAUUGUCGGUGCUUUUUUUGCUCUAUAGUUUGUUUUUGAAAAAUCGUGUCGGACACAGAUGAUUCGUUUGAUUGAUAAACUUUUCAAUAAAAGGCUUUUUAGCACUCCUAUAUAAAA